UACUGUCGAGUUGAAGACCAUCACUUAGGAGGACCGCAUCACCAGGUAACUACAACAAAGAUGGGGAACAAUGCAAUCAAAGCCCACCUGGAGAACUCACAGAAGACUGGGAUCUUUCAGCUGACAGGGAAAGGUCUUCCUGAGUUCCCCGAGGAGCUCCAGAGGUUGACUGGAAACCUGCGGACUGUAGAUCUGUCCUCCAACAAGAUCGAAAUGCUACCUGCUGCCAUAGGAAACUUCCUUCAGAUGAAGAGUCUGACUUUAAACUGUAAUAAACUCACAAGUCUCCCAGAUGAAAUUGGAAAGCUGAAGAAACUAGAGACUCUUUUGCUGAAUGGGAACCACCUGACGCAGCUCCCUAUCACUGUAGGACAGCUGAAAGCGUUGCGCACCCUCAGCCUGUCAGGGAACAAAUUCCGGGAGUUUCCUGCUGGCCUUGGCUCCCUACGACACCUGGACGUUCUGGACCUGUCCAAGAACCACAUCCAGGCGGUGCCUGCUGAGGUGGCGGCCUUGCAGGCCAUUGAGAUCAAUCUCAACCAGAACCAGAUUUCAGUGGUGUCUGCAGAGGUGUCCACCUGCCAGAGGCUGAAGGUGCUGAGACUGGAGGAGAACUGUCUGGAGCUCACCUCCAUCCCUGUGUCCAUCCUCACCACCUCCCAGGUGUCCCUGCUCUCCGUGGAGGGCAACUUGUUCGAGGUGAAGAAUAUGCGUGACCUGGAAGGGUAUGAGAAGUACAUGGAGCGCUUCACUGCAACCAAAAAGAAAUUUGCCUGAACAAUAGAAAGAGAGCAUCCCCCUGAGUCCCGCUUGUGAUCUACCCUCAAGCACCCUCUAAGUGGUUGUGGUGUACUACAGUAAAUAUGGCUUCUGCACUCCUGCGGCAACAGGUUACAACGGAGAAGGACCACUGUAGAGAAGGACUGAUCGAGAGCAUGCUACAGGACUGCGUAUGAAAACAACAGGACACCAUUGAUGGUGACAGAGAACUAUGUAAACGAUGGACAGUGCACUCACUUUAAUGAUAUUCAUAAAUUGCAUAUUGAAUACUUAGCUAUUAAUUUCUGACCGAAAUGUUGUCUUUAGUUUAACCAAAGCAGGUUAUGCUUGUAGUACAUUCGUGGCGAAAAGUUUUGAGAAUGACACAAAUAUUUAUUUUCACAAAGUCUGCUGCCUCAGUGUCUUUAGAUAUUUUUGUCAGAUGUUACUAUGGAAAACAGAAGUAUAAUUACAAGCAUUUCAUAAGUGUUAAAUGCUUUUAUUGACAAUUACAUGAAGUUGAUGCAAAGAGUCAAUAUUUGCGGUGUUGACCCUUCUUUUUCAAGACCUCUGCAAUCCGCCCUGGCAUGCUGUCAAUUAACUUCUGGGCCACAUCCUGACUGAUGGCAGCCCAUUCUUGCAUAAUCAAUGCUUGGAGUUUGUCAGAAAUGGUGGGUUUUUGUUUGUCCACCCGCCUCUUGAGGAUUGACCACAAGUUCUCAAUGGGAUUAAGGUCUGGGGAGUUUCCUGGCCAUGGACUCAAAAUAUUGAUGUUUGGUUCCCUGAGCCACUUAGUUAUCACUUUUGCCUUAUGGCAAGGUGUUCCAUCAUGCUGGAAAAUGCAUUGUUCGUCACCAAACUGUUCCUGGAUGGUUGGGUGAAGUUGCUCUCGGAGGAUGUGUUGGUACUAUUCUAUAUUCAUGGCUGUGUUCUUAGGCAAAAUUGUGAGUGAGCUCACUCCCUUGGCAGAGAUGCAACCCCACACAUGAAUGGUUUCAGGAUGCUUUACUGUUGGCAUGACACAGGACUGACGGUAGCGCUCACCUUGUCUUCUCAGGACAAGCUUUUUUCUGAAUGCCCCAAACAAUCGGAAAGGGGAUUCAUCAGAGAAAAUUACUUUACCCCAGUCCUCAGCAGGCCAAUCCCUGUACCUUUUUUAGAAUAUCAGUAUGUCCCUGAUGCUUUUCCUGGAGAGAAGUGGCUUCUUUGCUGCCCUUCUUGACACCAGGCCAUCCUCCAAAAGUCUUCGCCUCACUGUGUGUGCAGAUGCACUCACACCUGCCUGCUGCCAUUCCUGAGCAAGAUCUAUACUGGUGGUGCCCUGAUCCCGCAGCUGAAUCAACUUUAGGAGAUAGUCCUGGCGCUUGCUGGACUUUCUUGGGCGCCCUGAAGCCUUCUUCACAACAAUUGAACCGCUCUCCUUGAAGUUUUUGAUGAUCCGAUAAAUGCUUGAUUUAGGUGCCAUCUUACUGGCAGCCACAUCCUUGCCUGUGAAGCCCUUUUUGUGCAAAGCAAUGAGGAUGGCACGUGUUUCCUUGCAGGUAACUGUGGUUGACAGAGGAAGAACAAUGAUUCCAAGCACCACCCUCCUUUUGAAGCAUCCAGUCUGUUAUUCGAACUCAAUCAGCAUUACAGAGUGAUCUCCUGCCUUGUCCUCGCAACACUCACACCUGUGUUAACGAGAGAACCACUGACAUGAUGUCAGCUGUUUUUUUUUUUUGUGGCAGGGCUGAAAUGCAGUAGAAAUGUUUUUGGGGAUUCUGGCUGGGGUAGAUUGCCUAAGUUUUACUGAAUGAAAGCUGUAGUACAGAGUUAUAGAAUGUCAAAGCAGUGCACUACAUAGACCCAGAAUGAGAGAACUCCUUUAUGCACAGAGGCUUGCUUAUUCGGUGGAUCUGGAAUGGGCAGCCCAAGUUUUCUGGUGCUAGGGUCCUGGUCAUUUAUUUUCAGUUGAGGAAGGUUCCGCAUCGGCAAGCCGCACACAUAACACGCGGGACCAGAGCUUGUUUUUUUUUAUGCUGGGAAAGAAUGAAGAAAAGCACAGCGUUUAAUGUAAACCAAUCCAUUCGACUCUUAGCAAGCAUACUCAUUUUAUUAUUCAAUUAUUGCUAGUCAUAUUAUUUGGACUUGAUUUGUAUUAUUUAUUAUCUUCAGUUUAUCUGUUGAACACAUCCUGACAAUUUUUCUAAUUUAACUCUGAUUUGUCAUUGUUUUUUGAAAGUGUGAUCAUAUCAGAUAAACACAAAAUAGGGCCACCUCCACCAUCCUCUUCACAUUAUUUCGUCUGACAAGGGCCUCUGCAGCUCAACCUGUAUUACUAGAUUGACGACAACCUCACAGAGGUCCUUUCUAUGAAGGAGGAGCUCCAGCAAGCUGUCGUUAACAAGAAAUAUAACUUAACAUCAGGUGUAUGUAUGGAAGUGAACUGUAACAGAAUACUCUCCAUGAGUUAUGCCAAUAUACUGUACUAACAGAUUUACCUAACUUUAAUGUUUCAUUUUACUGCUUUUAUUAAUGUUUCUAUUUAAUAUUUCAAUUGAGUUUGUUUCCUUAAAUCGGAUUCGAUUUUGUUGCCAUCCUAGCUUUGUGCGAGUAUAGAGUAAAAAGACCACUUCACAUCA